AUGGAUCGGCAACAAGCCCACGACUACGCCGCCUACGCCCAACAACAACAGCAGCGGCCACCACCGCAGCAACAACCGCCGCCGCAGCAACAAUUUGGGUACCCGCCCCAGGCCCAACAGUUCCCCGGCCCCCCAUUCGGACCUCCGCACCCUCAUCUCCAGCAAUUCCCCUACCACCCCCACUUGCAGCAGCAGCAGCAACAACCUCCGCCGCAGGUCCUCUCCCACGCGCCGCCGCCGCCUCACCCUCACCACCUCCCUCCGCCGCCUUCGGCCUUCGCUCCCCACCUCCCCCCUCCCCUCGUCCCCCCGCAAUUCCACGCCGCUGGACCUCCUCCUCCGGCCGCCGCACCUCCCUCCGACCCGGAGCUCCACAAACGGAUCGACAAGCUCGUCGAGUACUCCGCCAAGAACGGCCCCGAUUUCGAAGCCAUGAUUCGCGACAAGCAGCAGGACAAUCCCGACUACGCCUUCCUCUUCGGCGGCGAAGGCCACGCCUAUUACCGUUACAAGCUCUACGCCUCCACUCGGGUCGGGUCAUUCAACCCGAACCCGCAAUUCGCUCCCCACAUGCUUCGUCCGAUGAUGAAUGGGCCGCCGAACCCGAUGAUGGCCCCGCAGUCGUACUUCUACGACCAGCAGCGGCAGAAUCAGCAGCCCUUCGGAGUUUAUGGGAGGUCUGAUUAUGACCAUCAGGCGGCGGCGACGCCGUUUAUGGGGCUUUCGGUGCCGCCUGAUGUGGCAGUGGAGCUGAGCAAUGUGCUUAUGACAUUGAAUGGGACUAAAGAGUCGAUUAAAGGAGCUAAGUUUUGGUUUAUGCAGAGGUCGAUUUUCGCUCCGGCGCUUGCUGAGGCUCUAAGAGAGAGGGUGUUUGGGCUUGAUGAUCCUGAGAGGCAGCUACAUGUGAUAUUUCUUGUCAAUGACAUUUUGUUCGACAGCUCGCAUCGUCGAACUGCUGACGGCCUUGAUAACGAAUCACUUGCGUUCAAACCUAUCUUAGGUUCCAUGCUUGCAAGGAUUUAUCACAACCCUCAAAUAACAGAAGACAGUCAGAUGAAGUUGCAGCAAAUUUUGCAGUUAUGGGUUUCUAAUAAGAUCUAUGAGCAGGAUACAAUUGAUUCAUUUAGGAAUGAGAUGAUUGGUGGACAAUCAAGUAAUUCAUUUCCAGGUCUUCCACAAGACUUGUCUACUGCAUCAACAGAUGCAGCAGCAGGAUUGUCACAAUGGCAGCCUGAAAGGCAAGGUUCUGUUUCAAGUUCGCACGAUCAAGAGCAUCUCGAUAAACAUGUAGCUCCUGGUCAAGUGGUGCCACUUUCGAUGCCACCCCAGCAAUUUCUUCCAAAUUCAGUCCCGCCUGCUGCUUUUGCUGGGUCCCUCCCCAUACCAUCUUCUGUUCAACCAGCAAUCCCCCAACCUCUGCCACACUUAUUGCCAGGUCAAGCUGCUACCAGUGCCGAGAAGUUGCCACCAUAUCCUUUGUUCCCACCUGGUCUUAUUCCUGAGAUGGUCAGAAAGAUGCAGAUCGGUAGUGGGGUGCCAUACUCCCCAAUGAGUCCUCUUGACAUCCCAACCAUCAUACCUCCAUCAACUGUGCCUCAGUCCGAAAUUCUUGAGAGAGUGUCAAAGUUCUUCAAAGAGAUUGGAGAAGUCAACCCUUCCGAAGGACCUAUGCAUGGUUCUGAUGGUAGAGACGAUGAUGACUACGAAAGUUCUACUCCGGUACGCAAGGGAGGGGCUUGCAUCCCUCCACCCCCAAACCUGCAGGUAGACCCCGAGACGGGGGCUUACGCAGAUGGAAGUGUUGAUCGAAAGAGUGGCACAGGGAGACUGGGACUCGGUGCCACAGCUAAUCCAAACGAGGUAAGCCAGUACGACGAUGUCUACUCUUCUUACCGGAAACAGAGAAGUACCAACUACCACUCGUCCAUGAGUGCAAGAGCCGCAGCAAGAUAAAAACUAGUUCCGCCACUCGGAUCAGUUCUCUGUUCUUUUGGCUGUAAUGUAUUCUGAUUGUUACCAUGAGCUUGUAGGAAGCAUCAAAACUUGGUCGAUUAUCCUGUACUGUAUUCAGAAUUUUGAUUCAGAUUAAUGUUAAUGCUAUUGCCAUGAGGUACACAUCUAU